CGUGUUAAGGAAAUCGGGACUGCGGGACUCUUGGGCAGAAUAUGGACCGACUUUUAAGGCUUGGAGGAGGAAUGCCUGGACUUGGCCAGGGCCCGCCCACUGAUGCUCCUGCAGUGGAUACCGCUGAGCAGGUGUAUAUCUCCUCCCUAGCUUUGCUUAAGAUGCUAAAACAUGGACGUGCUGGUGUCCCAAUGGAAGUCAUGGGACUGAUGCUGGGAGAGUUUGUGGAUGAUUACACAGUCAGGGUUAUUGAUGUCUUUGCUAUGCCACAGUCCGGAACUGGUGUUAGUGUGGAGGCUGUGGAUCCCGUUUUCCAGGCUAAAAUGUUGGAUAUGUUAAAACAGACUGGAAGGCCUGAAAUGGUGGUCGGUUGGUAUCACAGCCACCCUGGCUUUGGCUGCUGGCUCUCCGGCGUUGACAUUAAUACCCAGCAGAGCUUCGAAGCCCUUUCGGAAAGAGCAGUAGCAGUAGUAGUGGAUCCAAUCCAGAGCGUCAAAGGAAAGGUUGUUAUUGAUGCUUUCAGACUGAUUAACGCUAACAUGAUGGUCUUAGGGCAUGAACCACGACAAACCACUUCAAAUCUUGGGCAUUUAAACAAACCAUCUAUACAGGCUCUUAUUCAUGGUCUUAACAGGCAUUACUACUCCAUAACUAUCAAUUACAGAAAAAAUGAACUUGAACAGAAGAUGCUGUUGAAUUUGCAUAAAAAGAGCUGGAUGGAGGGGCUGACGCUUCAGAACUACAGUGAACACUGUAAACUCAACGAGACUGUCGUAAAGGAGAUGUUGGAGUUGGCCAAAAACUACAACAAGGCUGUAGAGGAGGAAGAUAAGAUGACACCAGAACAACUUGCAAUAAAAAACGUUGGCAAACAGGAUCCCAAGCGUCACUUGGAGGAGCAUGUGGAUGUUCUGAUGACCUCAAAUAUUGUUCAGUGUUUAGCAGCCAUGUUGGACACCGUGGUAUUUAAGUAAUGGACUGAGUGCGUGUUUGUGUCUGCUUAUAGUGGUGGGAUACAGCAUGUCGUCUGAUCUUCGGGGUAACCAGCAGCCCAUAUUAGAGGAUGCCUUGUACCUUCGCUGAACUCACGAUAAAGGAUAUCUUCAUUUGCCUCUGUGUUUGCUUUGUCUUGUUACAAUUAUGCACAUUGGUAUCAGCAAAAAAAAACCCUGUCAAGGAAAAAGAAAUAAAUACAUCUUUGUUUAUAUAAUCUGUUGGGCCUUUUUGCAUGUUAUUCAAUUGCAACUUCCAAUAUGCUUACCCAGACUGCACUGACUGGUAGCACAGGGAGUUGUAGUUAAGCAACAACGGGGCAGUCUAUUCAUUGGCAAAGGGUCUGGAACCAAAGGGGUUAAAGCUGCACUGUCACUGGAGAAUGCAGUAGUAAUCUCAGUUACAGGUGACUCAAAGACAUCCAAUAACAUGAACUGCUGGUUAGAAUGGGGGACAGCUGGCAUUGUCUGCAGUCUGGGAGCAGCGCAGUAACACCUUUCCGUCUCCAUUGUGCAAUUACUUCUGUUCCUAGAUGGCAGGGUGGCAUGGGAAUACAUCAGGGCACAUUUUUUUUGAAGUUUGCAUUUGAUAUUUGAAAGAAGUGUAUGACAAAUGUAUUAUCUUUUGCUUCAUAAUAAAAUCCUUCUCCCUUUA